GAUGAUGAGGAUGGUGAAGACAAUUAACAGUAAUACUCAAAGUCCAACUAUAUAUCUUAUAGUUAAUGCUUAUCCUAAAAGGUAUUCUUCCAAGAUCCCUUCUGAUUUAGUCCUUUUCUUGGGCCUUGGCUUCAUUGACUGGUAGCUUUUUUUAAUUACAUAUAUAUAUAUAUAUAUAUUUUACUUCAAAUAUAGUCAUAAAUCUUGAGUCUUUUUUGAAUUUUAUGUUUGGGGUAUAAAUACCUAGAAAAAUCAUCUUGUUUGUGAAUUUUGUACAUCAAGAUUCAUGCUUUAUUAGAAACCCAGAUGUAAUUUGUAUAUGGGUGUUUCAGCUAUUGCUUUGUGAAGAUAUUUGUUGCCGAUUAUUAUAUAAUAAUAAUAAUAAUUAAAAAAAAAGUUUGGAUUUUUUUGAUAAAAAUCUUGAAAAAUUGGGGCUUUUUUUUUAGCUGUUGUUUAGGUUAUUUUUAUAGUAUGUAGAGGGUUGUAAAGAUAUGGUUUUGAUGGAUAAUUAGGCAUGUUUGUGUGAAAAUGAGUGUUGUGAUGAAGAACACGAACCCACGAUCUCAAUUGGUAGCAAUUAGGAGUGUAAUUUCGUGAGAUGGGUGAUUCUCCUCUCACGAGUUUUUUAAUGUUAAAUCAUAACCAUCAUCAUCAUCAUCCUUCAACUCUUUUGUCAAUGGAUUCAAGUGCGUCGUCUUCCCAUGAUGAUUUAGACCUCGAGAUGAGUCAUCAGGUCAACCCUGCCUGUCCUCCUGAUAUUAAUUUGCCUUUGUCGGUUGAGAGAAGCUCCCCACCUCAAUCAUGGAAUCAAGAGCAGUGUGAAGUUCUAGAUGUUGGAGUUGGUCUAAUGUCACAUCUGUAUGAAACCGAGAGCUUCCUUAACGUGUCAAAAGUUGGGAGGAAAUGUGCGAAAAGAUUAGAUAGCAUAUGGGGUGCUUGGUUUUUCUUUAGUUUUUAUUUUAGACCGGUCUUAAAUGAAAAAUCUAAGGCAAAGAUUGUGAGAGAUAGUAACGGGGUUUCAGGGUUUGAUAAAGCUGACCUCAAUCUUGAUGUAUUCAUGGUUCAGCAUGAUAUGGAAAAUAUGUAUAUGUGGGUGUUUAAAGAAAGACCGGAAAAUGCUUUGGGUAAGAUGCAGCUUAGGAGUUACAUGAAUGGGCACUCCCGGCAAGGAGAGCGACCAUUUCCUUUUAGUGCCGAUAAGGGUUUUGUCCGUUCUCACAGAAUGCAACGCAAGCAUUACAGAGGGCUUUCGAAUCCUCAGUGUGUUCAUGGUAUUGAGGUUGUUACUUUGCCCAACCUUGCGAUGCUUGACGAAGAGGAACUUAAAAGAUGGACAGAACUCACCGGAAGGGAUCUGAAUUUCUUGAUCCCACAAGAAGCUAGUGAUUUCAGUUCAUGGAGAAAUCUUCCCAGCACUGAGUUCGAACUCGAGAGGCCACCUACCAUAAAGAACAACUCGAAUUCUCAAUCUAAAAAAUUACUCAAUGGAUCAGGUUUAAAUUUGUCAACUCAACCCUCCAUCCACAGCAAUGGGGAUGCACGUGUGAUGGACCUUUCACCUAUUGGCAGCAAGAAAAGGAAAGACUUGUUCCCACAUGGAAAUGAAGAAGAUAUCAGUUUGACAGUUAACCAUCCUCCAGCAGAUAGAUUACCAAAUUUGGAAGUGAAUCCAAAUGAGCCGUAUUGGUUGAACGAGUUCAGUGGGGUUGUAAGGAAAGCCUGUGGACCAGUGACAGCUGCAAAAACAAUAUAUGAAGAUGAUGAAGGUUACUUGGUUGUCAUAAGCUUGCCAUUUGUAGAUCUUCAAAAGGUUAAAGUUUCAUGGCGCAACACCCUUACGCAUGGAAUCAUUAAGGUAUCUUGUAUAAGCGUAUCACGUGUGCCAUCUAUCAAAAGAAGAGACCGCACCUUUAAGCUUACGGAUCCCUGUUUGGAACACUGUCCUCCUGGAGAAUUUGUCAGAGAAAUUCCGCUUUCCACUCGCAUUCCUGAAGAUGCUAAUAUAGAAGCGUAUUAUGACGGUCCUGGAACAGUGCUAGAAAUUUUGGUCCCAAAGCUCCGGGAGGGUCCUGAAGAACAUGAAGUGCGUGUUUGUCUUCGCCCUCAUCUUGUUGGUAACGAUCUUAUGUUGACAUGAAGAUAUGCAUCUUUGGAGAUUGUUUGAGGUAAUUUAUGGUAGAUCGUGGUUUCUAGUUUAGCAAUCUUAGUAUGUAAUGUGUGAUAUAAUAUUUAAAGUCUCAUAGCCAAUCAUUUAUUAGCAUCAUGGAUUGGUUGCUAGAAUAAUUCCAAGCUGUAGCAACAUUGAUUAUCGUAUUAUAUAUUCAAUAGUAAUUGAAAUAUCUGUUGGAUCUA